AUGCACCUUUUGUCUUGUCUUCACAGGUUUCAGAAGGUGACCAUAAAAAAGUGAAGAAGUUACAUUUCUAAUAUGACACUUGGAAGUUAGUGACUGCUUCCUACAUUUUCAUGAAAAUAAAAUAUGACUUAGAGGCUUCGAAGGCUUAUGAUGUCAUCGGUUUCAACAGAAAGCAAACUCCAGCAGGCUGUGAGUCUGCAGGGAGUUGACCCGGAAACAUGCAUGAUCGUAUUUAAGAACCACUGGGCACAGGUUGUGAAAAUCUUAGAGAAGCAUGACCCCUUGAAGAACACCCAGGCAAAAUAUGGGUCCAUCCCCCCGGAUGAGGCCAGCGCCGUGCAGAACUAUGUAGAGCACAUGCUGUUCUUGCUAAUUGAAGAGCAAGCCAAGGAUGCAGCGAUGGGGCCGAUUCUGGAAUUCGUGGUCUCUGAGAACAUCAUGGAGAAGCUUUUCCUGUGGAGCCUGAGACGGGAGUUUACCGAUGAGACUAAAAUGGAGCAGCUGAAGAUGUAUGAGAUGCUGGUCACCCAGUCGCACCAGCCCCUGCUGCACCACAAGCCCAUUCUGAAGCCUCUGAUGAUGCUGCUGAGCUCUUGUUCAGGCACGGCCACCCCCGCCGUGGAGGGGAAGCUGGUGGUCCUGCUCAAUCAGCUCUGCUGCAUCCUGGCCAAAGACCCGUCCAUCCUGGAACUCUUUUUCCACACCAGUGAGGACCAGGGGGCUGCCAACUUCCUCAUCUUCUCCCUUCUGAUCCCCUUCAUUCAUCGUGAGGGGACAGUAGGCCAACAAGCGCGGGAUGCUUUGCUCUUUAUCAUGUCCCUCUCUGCUGAGAACAGCAUGGUGGCCCACCACAUCGUGGAGAACACCUACUUUUGUCCAGUGCUUGCCACCGGGCUCAGCGGGCUCUACUCUUCCCUGCCCACCAAGCUGGAGGAGAAGGGCGAGGAAUGGCACUGCCUGCUGAAGGACGACUGGCUCCUGCUGCCGCCCCUCGUGCAGUUCAUGAACUCCCUGGAGUUCUGCAACGCCGUCAUCCAGGUGGCUCACCCCUUGAUUCGCAAUCAGCUUGUCAGUUACAUUUACAACGGAUUCCUGGUGCCUGUCUUGGCCCCUGCUCUCCACAAGGUGACUGUGGAGGAGGUCAUGACCACAACCGCCUACCUGGACCUUUUCCUGCGCAGCAUCUCCGAGCCAGCACUGCUUGAGAUCUUCCUCCGGUUUAUCCUGUUGCACCAGCACGAGAAUGUCCACAUUCUAGACACUCUCACCAGCCGAAUCAACACCCCAUUUCGGCUCUGCGUGGUGUCCCUGGCGCUAUUCAGAACUCUCAUCGGUUUACAUUGUGAAGAUGUGAUGUUACAACUAGUUUUAAGGUAUCUGAUCCCCUGCAAUCACAUGAUGCUCAGUCAGAGGUGGGCCGUGAAGGAAAGAGACUGCUACUCCGUGUCUGCGGCCAAGCUUCUCGCCUUGACCCCUGUCUGCUGCGCCAGCGGGAUCACGCUGACGCUUGGGAAUCAAGAGAGGGAUUAUAUUUUGUGGUCAAAGUGGACACAUGAUGGCUCAGGGCCCGGGGAGCAUCCCCUGCCCCCCCCUGCGCCCGCGGCCUGCAUCGUGGAGUACGGCAAAGCCCUGGACGUCAGCUACCUGCAGUACCUGUGGGAGGCCCACUCCAACAUCCUGCGCUGCAUGCGGGACUGCCGCGUCUGGUCGGCGCUCUACGACGGGGACUCCCCGGACCCCGACACCUUCCUGCCGAGCGCGGCCGAGGAGAGCGCCUGCCCGGCCGCCCACCUCGGGGCAGUGGGGCCCCAGCCGGCCGCAGCCAAGGACAGGGGCCAGACGGAGCUGGAGUGGGACGACAGCUACGACACGGGCAUCUCCUCGGGGGCUGACGUGGGCUCCCCCGGGCCUUACGACGAGGCGGAGACUCCCGGCCCCCCAGCCCCCGUCGACCCCCCGAAACACAUCCAGGAGAUGAAGAGGAACGCCAUCCAGCUCUUCAGAGGCCCCUACAUCGAGGAGUCGGACUUCCAGGACGACGUGAUGGUGUACCGGCUCUGUGCCCAGAAGGACGCCGAGGACGCCGCGAGGUCGCAGCAGGAGCCCGCGGGGCCCCCAGCCCAGGCCCAGCCCGAGGCGCAGCCGCCCCCAGUGAACAACGGCCCCCUGCCCGGCCCCCAGCCCAAUGCGGAGGAGGAAGAGCAGAGGGACAGGGCUGACCCCCUGCCUGACGCGUCCAAGGAGCCAGAGCAAGAGAGCGAGCCUCAAGUCGCCCCGGAGUCGGACUCGGGGGCAGCAGCCCCGGGCCCCGAGGCCGAGCACAGCCCCGACCCGGCCGGGGUCAGCCCCGGGAGCGAGGAUUUCAUGGCCCAGUAUGACCAGAUCAUCAGGGAGCUGGACUCGGGCCCCGAGAGCCUGAUGGACCAGCCUGAUGGAGCCCCGCCCGACCCCUUGCUUCUCCCAAAGGGGCAUGAAGGAAGGGGCGAGGAGGGCCAAGGAGAAAAGGGGGAGGAGGAGGAAGAGCCGGAGAAGGACCUCGAGGAGGACGAGGAGGACUUCGACUCUUUCAUGGCGGAAGCUCCUUCCGAGCCUGUGCGCUCCCCAUUUGGGUUGAGAGAGGAGACGGCCUGUGCCAGGCCCCAAGCCGUGAGGACUCAGAGCACCCCGUUCACAGGCCCAUUCAUCAGCGUGGUCCUGUCAAAGCUGGAGAACAUGCUGGAGAACUCUCUGCAUGUUAAUUUGCUGCUUAUUGGGAUCAUCACGCAGUUAGCCAGCUACCCGCAGCCGCUCCUGCGCUCCUUCCUGCUCAACACCAACAUGGUCUUCCAGCCGAGCGUGCGCUCUCUCUAUCAGGUCCUUGCAUCUGUGAAAAACAAGAUUGAACAGUUUGCCUCGGUGGAGAGAGACUUCCCAGGCCUCCUCAUCCAGGCCCAGCAGUACCUGCUCUUCCGGGUGGACAUGUCUGAUGUGACCCCUGCCGCACUAACCAAAGACCCCAUUCAGGAGGCUGCCAGGACAGGAAGUGGCAAGAACUUUUUGGAAGGUCCCCCAAGAGUGCUUCAGCCCUUCCUGACCAACAGAGCCAAGGUGGUGGGGGCACCCCCAAACCUGCCCCUGCCCGUGAGGAACACCAUGCUGGCCGCCGCCCUCUUCCCCGAGUUCCUGAAGGAGCUCGCCGCCCUGGCCCAGGAACACUCCAUUCUGUGCUACAAGAUCCUGGGUGACUUCGAGGACUCAUGUUGUUAGCUUUUUUUAAAAAAUUGUUAUUUUAAUAGAGAUUCUUGUUUUAUAAGGUUAGAGUGUCUAGACUGAAUGUUCAAUGCAAAGCUGCUUACCAGAAACUUCUACUUUGAUAUUUCCUGACGAUACUUGAUUUGCGGGGAGGGGUCUUCUGGCCUCCUCCCUGGCCGGGUCUCCCCCCUCACCUAUGGAAUGUGAGUCUCAUGAGCUGAUGGCUCCCUUGGCGGGUUUUCUUUGCUCAGUUUUUCCUCCCACUUGGGGUUGUCAU